AUUUUUUAAAGAUGGCGUCGGUGCAAAAAUCCGAGACGGUGGCGUUUGUUUGAACGCCUGAACCCGGGCCUGAGGGAGGGAGAUUAACGGGAAAUCGUUUCCAGACUCCGUUAAAUCAAUAAAACACAACCAGAUAUGAAAUGAUAAAUUACUGCCGUUAGGUUUAGACUUCGCUCGAGGGCCUACAUUCGGGCCUAGGGUGUGUUUAUGGAGCGGACGCGGUCGCUGAAAAAACUCCAUUUCCCAGCAGCACUUUCGACAGGUGACGUCAGUAACACGUUUGCAAUGUUUUUGCCUUUGAAUUGGUUACUGUAGCAUUUUUUUUGUUCUGUUAAUUUUUUUAUAUUUUAGUUAAUUUUUUUAUAUACAGUUGUAAAAAAAAAAAAGAGAAUAGUUUUUUUUGUGUGUGUGAGAGGUGAGGUGGGGUGGGGUUAUAAUUGUUUUAAAACCAACAUGGCAACCCAGGCAGGACAAUUAGAACCCCACCCCAGAGGCCGUACGGACACGCCGUCUCCGCCCCCCGAGUCUUCUCUGUCCUGGUGCCUGGUCCAGCUGAACCGAUCCGGGCCCGACCCCAAACCCUCCAAGGCGGGCCAGUGGAGGGCGCUGGUGGCCAUCCGCACGCACCACAUUAAAGGAGGAAGUAGCAGGAUCGGGCGGUACCAGGCGCAUGGUGGUUUGCCCCCCCUACUGGCCAUCCUGCGCCGACCCGAGAGCUCCAGGAAGAUCCUGGACCUGACCCUCAGCAUCCUGGCCAACUGCUGCACGGAGAAGGAGACGAGAACCGAGGUACGGCGGCUGGGUGGAGUUUGUCUCAUAGUGGAGGUCCUGAAGAGGCACGCGUCAGUGGAGACGGUGGAGAACCGAGCAGCUCGUGCUUUGGGGAACCUUGCCAUGGACCCAGAGGGUUCGGCGCAGAUUCACUCCACAGGCGGUGUUCCUCCUCUUCUCCUCUGCCUGUCCUUGUCCAGCUCUCCGGCGUCCCCGCCCUCUCCCUCCAUUGCCCCUCCUUCUCCAGCCACAUCGUCCUCCACGCUAGAGCGUGCCCAGUCAGCCGCCCGUGCUCUCUUCUACCUCUCAGACACGCCCUCCAACCGCCUCUCCCUGCUCUCCCAGGGUGCCCUGCCUGCCCUGACGCUCUUCCUCGCCCCCGAGUACCCCCUGGGCCUGAGGCGGGCGUGUCUCCGCGCUCUACAUGAGCUGACGCGAGGCUGCGGCGCCGAGUGCGCCCGGGAGGUGUCUGUCUCCGGGGUGUUGUCUCACCUCGGCCAGUUGGCAUCCGAAGACGGAGAUGAAGGUGGGGCUCUCGAGGAUCUGGCGCUAAAGACCCUGGCUAAUCUGUGCUCUCAGGGCUGCUUGCGCCCCCUGGUGGGCUCACUGGGUGUCAUUCAGAAGUUCACAGAGGAAGUGAAGAAAGAUCCGCUGAAAGGCAGCAUGUUGUUUAAGGCUCUGUGUUUGUGCUGCAAAGAGGCGGUAAACCGCGCGAAGGUGAAGGAGAGCGGCGGACUCGAGGUGCUGAUCGGCUUCCUGGCGGCGUAUCGGCACCACCCUUUGACGCGAUUGGCCGUCAUGGCGUGUUUGGACUUUGUGUAUGAUGAGGCGGCUCUGGAGCAGCUGCAGGAACUCGGACUGGUCCCGCUGCUGGUCACGCGCCUCGUCGACCUCGCCCGAGGGGACGACUCCAAGAUGGACACCGGGCUCACGGUGAGCCCUCCGGGCGCCGAGCUCAGCUCCUGUUUCGACUCAUUUGACUUUCCUCCUCCUGAGGGGGGCAGAAAGGAGGAGCUGGGGAAAGAACAGGGUAACUCCAGCUUCCUGAGCCUCAGGUCCUGGCUGCUCACUGAGGGAUUAAUCUCGUCAGAGGUGGAGCUGACUUACUCACCUUGCAAUUCAGAUACGGAUUCAGGUUCUCCUUAUCCCAUCUCCUCUCCUUCCUCCUCUUCUUCGUCUUCGUCUUCACCGUCUCCUCUCACUCCUGGUGACGUUUCUGCGUCUCCAGCUCAGCCGCCAAAACCCGUCUCCUGUCUGUCUGCACGGCACAAACCCUGCCGCCCACCCUCCUCCUCCUCCUCCACCCCGCAGCCCAAACCUCCCGCCUCUUCCUGUAAUGCCUCGUCCCCUCCGAGGAAGCGAGCUCGCACGUCUUCUCUUUCUUCCUCCUCCUCCUCCUCCUCUUCCUCCUCUCGUUUGAGCCUCGUCUCCUUGGACAUCCCGCCGGCGAUACCGAAGACGUCGGCGUACCAGCACCCGUACCACCUCGAGCCGUGGGCGCCGGAGUCUCCCAUCCUGCUGCUGCUGUCCCGCUUCUCCCACGCCGCCGACCCGAGUGGCGCGCUCAUCACCGCGCCCGUGUUCUCCGCCCUGCUUUACUACCUGACGCGGCACCGUGAGCCGAGCGGACGCUGCUGCCGCAUCCUGACGAGGAUCACCUGCAACCUGAACUGCCUGCAGCCGCUGGUCCGGACCGGAGCCGUCGCUCUCAUCAGGCACCGCCUCUGCGUCCGGGGCGCGGCCCGACAAGGGGAGACGGAGAGACAGUCGGACAGAGUGAAGGCUAAAAUCAGGCAACUUGGUGAGUGGCUGCUAAGCAACCUGCGCAUCCAGAGCGAGACGUCGUUCGGCUCCGGGGUUCUUACCCACAUCGUCCUGUCGGGCUCAGAGAACGAUAAACUUCACUGCGCCCUCUCACUGCCAUUCCUUGUAAGUAACCGAGUUCUUCUGAAGAAGCUGCUCCUGGACAGUGGCGGUCUGGUCUCAGCUCUCGAACCUCUUGUCUGUCUGGAGGGUGAAGACGAUGGCGCAGAUAAGUGCAAAGCGUUCCUCUCCGCUUGGAUCUGUCCAUCAGAACAUGCGUGCGCUUCCAGUUAUCACUUGCUGUACGCGUCGCUUCUGAUUGGAUGCCUGUCUAGUCUCCUGCCAGGGUCAAAGGUCAAGGAGAGUACCGAUGCUUUGGAAGGUCCACAGCAGGAUACGGAUUCCCCUUCCUGUCCGUGUCCAUAUAAGACAUCCAGUCAUGACAUGAGCUUCCUGUUGGACGACGGGAGUGUGAUUCCGGCUAAUCGAGGAGCGGUUUCCGGCGAGAUGGGCGUGGCUGAGGUUAAGUCGGAGUACUUCCGGGCGUUACUGACCGGCAGGUUUGAUGAAGCGCAGCGUUCUGGCGGGGACGCCGUGCAUAUCCGGGACGUGACGCGGGGAAUGCUGCUGCCCGUGCUUCAUUAUCUUCACGGCUGCAGGAUGGACGGAGACGUACGCUGCGUCGUUUUGUCCUCGUUGGUCUCCGGAGGUCUGACGAGACAAGUGGCGUUUCAGGACACUUCUCUAGCGGAAGUGAUGAUGGGAGCCAGUCGCUUUUUGGUUCCUGGGUUACAGAGGACAGCUGAGGACGUGUCUGUCUCCAUGCUGUCCUCUCUGGCGUCCGAGGUUGACGAUGCGUCGAAAUCGUCUAACUCCACGAACGAGGACGGCGGGGACGUCGCCCUGGCUUCCAUCCUGCCCCAGGCCUACUGGUUCUCCCAGCGCUACUCCUACGCUCGACUCGGAUCGUCCUGCUUGUCCAUUCUGCUGCGUCCUCAGCUGCCUGCGUCCGUCUCCUCAGAAUGUCUCGUCCGUCUGGUCCGGCAGGCAGACAGCACCGAGAGCCUGCGCCGGGACCUGCUAGGUCUCGUCACUGCAGCGCUCGGCAGCUAACCCCGCUAGACAGGCAGCAAGUUUCCGACUGGCUCUUCGUGUUCCUGAACUCUAGACGCGCCCCUUCCUUUCUCAAAUUGUUCUAGGCCAGAUCGGUUCAUAUUGAACUUUUUUUUUUUUUUUUUUCAGUUUUCACAAAUUAAAAACCUUGACCCGUUGAUAAUCAGCUCCAUUAAAAUCUUUCAAAGACCACAUCUACAGUCCUGACCUCUCUGUUACAUCCAUUAAAUCAGAUAGAGCCUUUGAGUCACAUGAUCAACAAAAACUCUUCGAGUGUUGGAUAUUUAGGAACGCCUGAGGUUUGUUGUCCCCUGAUUAGCUACUGAUGCUAGUGAGAUCCGUUCCAUGUCGCGUGUACGUUCCGCACGUGCUCAGUGCGGCUCCAGACCUGUUGACCUUCACGCAACUCGUGUAAGAGCUCUGAAUUUUAACCUCGUUACGACAAGUGAUCACUCAGAAACACACCAGGCUUUAACUUUCCCCUUCUGAAUCAAAUCAUCAGGUCAGAGUGUAAAUCUAAAGUGAUAGACAGCUGUGCAUCAAGUGUGCACUUAAAGGCUUGGAAAGCCCCGCCCUCUCUUAACUCUCUCACAAGAUCCAUGUGUAACUUAAAAAAUGCAGCAAGCUUGCUCUUUGUCGUGAUAAACAGGGAAUGUUUCGAGGUCGUUGCUUAGCAACGCAUCGAAUGGGGGGGGGUCUAUACCAUGUGGGCGUGUCAGUGUGGGCGUGCCAAACUCGUCUUCCUUUCAGGCGUCUAAUGAAUUUAAUGUAAUGGAGAAAUGAGAUGAGUCGAGGCUAAGCGUUAUGUUCAGAGUUUUGUCUCGCUGUGCGCCUUCUGGUCACGUGUCCACUGAAUUUUGGAAAAGAGACGAGCGGGGGACGCGAAUCAACUCUGUCUCAUGUGAAGGAUCUGUUCUGUUUAUGACGUUUAUUCUCCUCGUCGUCAGUGUGCAUGAACUUCGAGAAGAACAAAAGUAAAGAUUAUAUCAUAUAUUAUAUAUAGAGAGAGAGGUUAUCGUACAUGAUGUGGCUUUUUUUCCCCCUUCUUUUUUUUGUUUGUAAAAUGUGCCAUUCCUGGUUUAUUGUUUUGUAUUAUUGUUAUUUUAUUAUUAUGAUUAUUUUAGGUGACGUUGAGGAACGAGGUGUCAUAUGGACCGGUCCUUUAUGAUCUACGUUAUCAAUGCUGCAUCGAAGAGCCACUUUAUUUCCUCACUCGUGUACCUGUGAUUUAAAACACGCACACACUCGCAGGUGUAGUUUGUGUCGCUGUACAGUGUACGAUUAUGUCAGGGAUAGAGUAAAGUUUAUGUUCUAUUUUUCAUUCCCUUAUUUUGUAAAAAACACUUCACACACACACACACAGAGUGUAUCAGAUGUCAUGAAGAGAAUGUUAUCAGAAGAUAUUAGAGACCAGUUUCAUGUGAAAUAUGAAAAAUAAAAACGUCUCCCACAAGUUAA